AUGUCCUUCAGCAAGGUUGUCUCGGAAGCAACCCAAGCGCUUUUCGACAAGUUGCCUCAUCAGAUACAGCAGGUUAUACAACUCCCCGCUGUCAGGAAGGGACUUGCAUUCUUGGCAGCAUGGAAAACUCUCAGUGUGAUCAAUAGCUACCUCUCCCAUCAAGCGCAGAACAAUUGGGUACGACUUGGUCCUUGGGAUCCCAGCCAAGAACUUGUGGUUCUCACUGGUGGAUGCAGCGGAAUUGGAAAGCAAAUUCUGGAAGAUUUGACAAAGUUGAACGUGAAAGUCAUCAUCUUGGACGUGCAAGAUCCAAAAUUUGAACUGCCUUCAAAUGCAUACUUUUACCGUGCCGAUAUCACCUCUUCGUCGGUUGUGAAGGAAGUUGGAAAUCAGAUUCGAAAAGAGCAUGGUAAUCCUACUAUCCUGAUCAACAAUGCAGGCGUUGGCUUUAGAGACCCUAUUCUCGAUGCGUCCGAAGAACGUAUCCGCCUUACCAUGGAAGUUAAUACUCUUUCUCACUAUUGGACGGUGAAAGAAUUCCUACCUGCCAUGGUUCAGAAAAACCACGGCCACGUUAUAACAGUGGCGAGCCUCGCAAGUUUCGUUGGCUUUGGAGAAAUAGCCCCCUACGCCAGUUCAAAGGCAGCCGCACUUGCCUUCCACGAGAGCCUCACUCAGGAACUGCGGCAUUGGUACAAAGCAGAGAAGGUUCGAACAAGCGUUAUUCACCCCUUCUGGGUGCAUACUCCCUUGAUUGGCGACAUGGUCAAGGUAGGCAAGCACUUGGGCGCUCCCAUCCUGAGCCCGAAGGACGUGUCAUCUGCUGUGGUCAAGCAGAUAGUGUCGCAGACUGGCGGCCAAAUCAUCAUCCCGAGCAAACUGAGCCCUGCGUCGUUCAUGCGUAGUCUGCCCAACUGGCUGCAAGAGCGAGAGAGGGAUAAGGGCUCUUUGCAGUUCGUAAAGCUUCGCGAGUUGCGGACGGCACUUGCCACGCAGAAAGCCGCAGCGGAGUAG